AAUAAAAAGUCAAGUUGUUUUCUGUGGAUUGUGUCGAAAAAGCAUUCUUUGAUUUUUGUUUGUUACAUUUUUCCAGUGUGUGCCCUUUCUAUCUGCUAAUUCACGAUUAAACUGGAUUUAAAAUGGCUCUUUAUUGUGCCAUAUCUAACGAGGUUCCUGAAGUGCCAGUGGUGUCCCCAUCAUCAGGCGCCGUAUUUGAAAAGCGUAUUAUUGAAAAGUACAUAAUUGAAAAUGGGGUUGACCCUAUCAGUGGCAAAGAACUUAGGAUCGAAGACCUUAUUGAGAUCAAAACCCCUCCUAUAGUGAAGCCCAAGCCGCCCAGUGCCACAUCCAUCCCAGCCACGCUGAAGAGCAUGCAAGACGAGUGGGACGCGCUCAUGCUGCACACAUUCACUCAGCGGCAGCAGCUGCAAACGGCAAGACAGGAGCUGAGCCACGCGUUGUACCAGCACGACGCCGCGUGCCGCGUGAUCGCGCGCCUGACUAAGGAGGUGACGGCGGCGCGCGAGGCGCUCGCCACGCUCAAGCCUCAAGCCGGCAUCGCGGCUCCCCAGCCCGCUCACCCGUUUCAAACUGGUCGCGCGGAGGCGGCGGCGGGCGGCGGCGCGGUGGCGGUGGGCAUGUCUGUGGACGUGGUGCGGCGGCUGCAGGAGCGCGCCACGGAGCUGACGCAGGAGCGCAAGCGGCGCGGCCGCACCGUGCCCGAGGCGCUCGUCAGCCCCGACCAGCUGCGCGCCUUCCUUACGCUCGCCUCGCACCCGGGUCUCCACUCAGCCAGCGUGCCGGGAAUCUUGGCUCUCGACAUCAACCCGUCCGACCACAGCAAGCUGCUGACGGGCGGCAACGACCGCAACGCGACCGUGUUCAACAAGGACACGGAACAGGUCGUGGCCAUCCUCAAGGGCCACACCAAGAAGGUCACGCGCGUCAUCUACCACCCCGACGAGGACACCGUCAUCACGGCCUCGCCCGAUCACACGAUCAGAGUAUGGAAUGUGCCAAUGUCGCAAGCCAGCGCGGUGCUGCGCUCGCACGACGGGCCGGUGACGGGGCUGUCGCUGCACCCGACGGGCGACUACGUGCUGUCCACCUCCACCGACCAGCACUGGGCCUUCUCCGACAUCCGCACUGGCGCGCUGCUCACCAAGGUUAGCGACGCGUCAGGUGUCAGCCUCACCACAGCACAGUUCCAUCCUGACGGGCUUAUUUUUGGUACUGGAACAGAGAACUCACAGGUCAAGAUCUGGGAUCUGAAGGAGCAGAGCAACGUGGCCAACUUCCCAGGGCACGUGGGCCCGGUGACGUCGAUCUCGUUCUCCGAGAACGGUUAUUACCUGGCCACGGCCGCCGAGGACUCCUGCGUCAAGCUGUGGGAUCUGCGUAAAUUGAAGAACUUCAAGACCAUCCAGCUGGAAGAGGGGUACGCGAUCAAGGAGUUGUGCUUCGACCAGAGCGGCACGUACCUAGCCGUGGCGGGAUCAGACGUGCGCGUGUUCCUGUGCCGCCAGUGGCAAGAACUCAAGGUGUUCAACGACCACACCGCCGCCGCCACCGGCGUGCGCUUCGGCAAGCACGCGCACUACCUAGCCUCCACCAGCAUGGACCGCACGCUCAAGCUCUACGGCAUCGAGUAGGGACAGCUGAGACAUCCGAGUGAGUUGUGCGUGUGGGUUGACGACGGCAGCCGAGCGCAAGUUAGGAAGCCUUUUGUACAGACCGUUUUUUAUCUUCUGAGCGCCAGUUUGGUCUUUUUGUACCGAUGGAGGCGGUUUUGUAUCUUCUUUUGUUUACGGCCAGACAAGCUCUACGUCAUAGAGUAGGGGCUGCUGGCGCCGCGGCCCGAGACAUCUGAGUGAGUUGUGCGUGUGCGUUGAUGACGGCAGCCGAGCGCAAGUUAGGAAGCCUUUUGUACAGAUGUUCAGACCAUUUUUUAUCUUCUGAGCGCCAGUUUGGUCUUUUUGUACCCAUGCUCAGACCGGUUUGUAUCUUCUUUUGUUUACGGCCAGACCUGGGAUGUCGGCCUCAAUACUAAAUGCUCCCAAGUCAUGUUCAAUAUUUUUUGUUGCAUGUUCCAAAGCUCAGUUUUUCAUUUGAGUCAGAGAAAUGUCAUUGCAGCUGUCACUGUCAAUGACUCCCUAUGUUGCCUAUGGAUUAAAUGUCAGUUUACUGAUUCUAAUUAAAAAAUUGGAUUACUGUUAGCUCUCUCAAUAGAAAUACUAAUUUUGAGUUACCUUCCUAUUUUGGCAGCGCGUGCAGCGUCAAGAUUUUUCAAAAUGGUGACACAGAUAUUAAUAAUACCCAUAACUAGCGUAUUAUUGUCUUUAAAAACGGGAAAAUCUAGGAAAUGAAUAAUUUUAUCGUUGAUGUUGCGGUUGCGGUCUGCCGUCGGCUAUUAAAUCACACUCACGUUUAUUGGAAUCCCUAAAUUCCACCUGGAUGGUGAUUGUGCUUGACUCUAGGCUGGUGGUACAACUUGCAAAGGGACUACUAGUUUAAGACUUAGUAUAAGUGCGACUUAUCAAGAAGUGAUGUGAUUCACAGUAUAUUAGAAGUCAAAUUCCCGAUUAGAGAUUGGGACGUUCAACUGUUUGUAAAUGUUUAUUAUGUAUUAAGGUGAACACGCACUUUUCCGCGUUUAACGAAUUUAUUGGCUGCUUUUUUCAGUGAGUAAAUAGAUUUGUUUCGAAAGUCUUAACGCGGAAAAGUGACUGCUCUUCUCUGAGAGGAUAUUUUGAACGAGACUUGCAAUUAUUGUUUACGUUCGACAUAUUCAUGUUCGAAUGUGUUUGUGUAUUUGUAAUUUUAACGAUUUAAGUUUUUUAUCCAAUUUAAUUUAGGAGAACCUAUUAUUCAGUCUUAAGGUUAGGUUCCGAUAGAAUUAAGUUCCACUUUUAUCUGAUAAGCAAAUAAUUCA